AUAUACAUAAGAAGCUUUAACUCCUCUUCACUUCAUACAUGCGUUCAGUCGGAUGAUUACACGAUUGCGAAGGUUGCAAAGAUAUGUACGGUGUACGAGUAUUAUUUCUCUUGAUUGUUAUUAAUUUGCAAGUUUUUCAAGUUAAAGCGGUUUCCUGUACAGUGGAUGCCAUAUACUAUUCAACAGCAAGUGCUAUUAAAGGCGUAUUCUCUGAUGGUAGCGGGAAGAGAGUAAUUUCUUCUGUAAAUGGCGUAAAACUUAGAUAUGAUUCUAUGAAGAAAAGGCUGAUUUACUACAAUGGAACUGGUCUUGUCACAGUUAAACUGGAUGGAACUAACGCGACAACAUUAGCGACAAACGUUUCCAUUGAACGCUUCACGGUAGAUGAUGCAACAAAAAAAGUGUAUUAUAUUUCCAAUCAUUCCAGGAAGAUCCAUAGCAUUGACCUGUUAUCUAAAAAUUCCGCUCAGUUAAACGUGUCUUUUGGUGACGUUCAAGACUUAGACAUUGAUAACGGAUCACUCAUUUUGGCCGAUGCUCGCAGUCGCUCUAUUAUUCGGUAUAUUCCAAAUGAAAAGACUCGGCAAGUUAUUUAUGACCAGAAUAUAUCGCCAAAAUAUCUGGUUGUAGACUCCCACCACAAAGUGAUUUAUUGGACUAGUCAGUCCAAAGCCAGCAACAGUUAUUCUCUGAUGAAAACAUAUUUCAAUGGUUCAACUUCACAAAUCAAAUCACACCCCGAUAACACAAGCUUUGUAGACAUUGCGAUAGGAACAGAUGAUUUCUAUGCAAUGGAUAGCACGAGGCAAAUAAUUUACAUAUUUGAUAGGCGAACUGCCACAUUUCAAAAGUCAUUUCGUCUCGACGAUAUAGUAAAGGAAAUAACUGCUGUUGAAGAUUUAGAUGAGUGUUGUGGAAAGUAUUGUCAUAAUAACGCAACAUGCACAAACACGCCAGGAGGUUACCUCUGCACGUGCAAGAGAGGCUAUGCUGGGAAUGGAAGAAACUGCGAAGACAUCGAUGAAUGCCAGACAACCCCGUCCCAGUGUGGCUCAAAUGCAAACUGUGUGAACACUAAUGGUUCAUAUAUUUGCAAAUGUGAAAGUGGAUAUGAAGAAAAUAGAAAUCGAUGUUCAGAUAUCAAUGAAUGUCAAUCAAAUCCUUGCGAUGUAAAUGCAAAUUGUACCAAUAUCAUUGGUUCGUAUGAAUGCACUUGCAAAGGAGGCUAUGAAGGCAAUGGAAUGAGCUGUUCAGGUUCAAACAAUCACGAAAUUUCAUCAGGAAAUAACACAGUCAUUAUUGUUGGGUUUGUGGUGGCAGCUGUUGUUCUCUUGGUUAUCAGUAUGGCAAUCGUGGGUUACUGUUUUUAUCGAUCAAGAAGAAAACCAAUGAAUGGAACUACUCAAGAUUUCCCGAGUACAGACAACCCAGCUUACAAACCUGACAUGGAAGCCGAAAUAGAAGCUGAAAUAGAGGCGGAUAUAGAACAUUACACCGUACCAUAUAGCAACGAUCCUCAAAAUAUGUACGCUUCUGAUGGUGUCUAUGAAGAACUUGACAAUUCUAAGAGGGAGACCAUAGAUAAAAACUAUCAAAGUUUGAUUUCUAAAAGCAAUCAGCAGCUUAACGCAUGUCAUUAUGAAGACGUCCAACUAUAUGCUUCAGUAAACAAGGAACGCAAGCCUAAAAACGAUGAUUUCAGCGACUCUGAUUCAUCUAGUAUUAACAUAUAAGUAUUAACAUGACAUUGAGACAUCAUAAUCACUUUUAAUUUUGAGCACUAUUAAUUAGAACCUUUAUCACUUUGAAUUAACGUGCACCGAGCCGCCCUCGUCUACCACUGAAGCCGGCAAUAUUUCCAGUUUGUUCAAUGUCUUCUAUUUCUUCAUAAUACAACUCAAUUAAAGAUU